UAUAUUGCUAUCAUAAUGGCAAUAACCUGUAAGAGUGUAGGUCAUUCCUUUAGAGAACUGGAAAAUAAAAGCAAGGUCAGUGUGGAUUGGCUGAAUUCUGAACUGACAUGGUUUAAAAGCACCAUAGAUAGCUCACUGCUCUGUAUCAACCAUCAGAAUUGUAUCCAGUCUUCUAGGAUAAACAAAGAUCUUGUGAAAAUGAAGAUCACGUUGUUGUGUCUUUGUUUGGCCACCUCCAUAUCUGCUGCUCCACUUAAAUCCUUCUUAAAUUACCUGCCACACUAUGGAGGUCCAAGGCAAUCAGGACCACCCACACAAGUGAAUGAGGCCCUUUACCCAGGAGGCCAGCCUCAACCUGGACUCAAUGGCCCUGUCAGCAUGGAAAUAGUGUUUCCACAGGGAUUCCCUGGCACUGGUGGCCAGAAUGGACAGCAGUCCUAUCUUUCUCAAGCUUUCAUCAAAUAUUCCCUACCUAAGGCCCCAGGAAGAAAGAGUGUGGAAAUCUACUACCCAUUUGACUUUGUGCAGCAAAAGAUGACAAAUAACCCUCAGAUGCCACAGCUCCCAAACAUGUUCCCAUUUGAAUACCAACCCCAAACUAUGCCACAGCAAAUUCCCAAUAUUCCAUUUCCACCAUAUGACACACGACUUUCCCAGGAUCCUAUGCAAGGAGCUCAGCAGGAGCAGCCAGCGCAGACCGGCCAGGUACCUCAUGGGCAACCAUAGAAUGGAAAGUUUAUGUCGCUACCAGCUUGAAGGAAGUACAAAGUCUGUUAAUCCAGAGAAGACCAUAUGAUUUCAGCUGCUUCAACGUGUCCUUUUAAUAUUUAUUUUUUGGGGGUAUAUAGUAGACCAAUUGUUUGAGUAUCAAUGUAGAGCACUGUUAUUCUACUAUCCCUUUUGAAGUUUCAAAUUGUUUCAUCAUCUGCAAUGAUUACAAUUAUCCUGUAUCAUCACAGUUUGCCAUAGAGGGUGGAUGGUGGAUUAAGGUUUAUGCCUUAUUUUAUGUGCUGCAUUGUUCAUUUAACAUAAGCUUUGUGAGUUAGUGGUAAAAGUCAAUUAAAGUAUGUUUUUACGCAA